UCUGGUUUGAUUUUUCGGUAUUUCGGAUUCGGAUUAAUUUCGUACGUGCUGAAUUGUCAUUGUCGCCUUCGUCGUCGCUGUAUGCUGUCGCAUUUUUCGAUUUCCGUCGUCAUCGUUUGCGUUUCUAGUUCGUCUCCGUUUUGAUUGAAGAAAAGAGAAUUUGUUGUUUUUAUUUUAUUAUAAAUUGUAAAUGUUAUUUUUCUUCAUUUAGAUUUACUUUAUUUUGCCUUCGGAGCUCGGACGAGCAGUGAAAAAUCGAAUUGAUGUUAAAUUUCUAAUAGAAAAUCACCUCAAGGGCUCAAAAAAGGGAAAAAAUUAACAAAGAUUUUGUGAAAAUUAAGCAAAACCUGCCAAAACAGCUCACAAAAAAAUACAAAAUGAGGGGAAUUAAUUUUCACUGAAUUAAAACUUCGUUGUCGUCGACGUCGCCGUCGUCUCAUCGUUUCGUUGCUCGUGUCGUGUUUCAACGCCGUUUCUGAUUCGGAUUCCGAUUCGAGUGGAGUAAAUUUUGUGUUGUGCAAGUUUUCAUUUCUUUUAAUUUUGUUUUUCAAUUGAAUUUGUGAUGCAAGUGAAUCAAAAACAACAAUUUCCAGUUAGAAGCUUGGAAGAAGAUAAUAUAAAAAUUAUUUAACACAAAUUUUGUUUAAAAAUCAUUCCAAUUGAAUUCCGAAUCUUGGAAUUACAAAAUAAAAUAAAACGAGUGGAGACAAUAAAUAAAAAUAAAAAAAAAAACAAAAAAUUAAACUAAACAUAAGGCGAAGGAGCCAAGGUCUGCCUCUGCGCUGCUGCAGUUGACGUGACGUCGUCCUCGUCGUCAUCAUCAUCAUCAGAUUAUCGUCGACUUCGACUCCACUACUCGACGCCCCAAAAUGGAUACGUUUCGAAAGUGGUUGAAUAAACCCAAGGCAGAUGAUAAAUCACUUUUAGCACGAUUUUACCAUGCGGAUAGAUCUCUCACAGCUAUAUCCAGCGAAUUGGAUAGUUUUGAUGGGCGAGCAGAACCAGAUCGAUGUUCCCGUCUUGUCAGCCGCUUACGCCAGGGACAGGACAAAGUUCUAUCGAUAACAAAUCAAAUAAUGGAAGAAGUCCUUGGAGACGAUCGGGCUUUAAGAGAAUUUCGUGUCAAAUUUCCCGAAGAAGUCCUACAAGAGAAUCUUGCCGGUCAGUUAUGGUUUGGCGCCGAAUGCCUAGCAGCUGGUUCAUCAAUUAUGAACCGAGAACAAGAGAGUAAAGACAUGCGACCCCUCGCCCAGGCUGUCACCAAAAGUCUGGGAAACGUAAGGAAUUUGCUUCGAGAUCAGUGCCUUCGAAAUAAUGUCCCCAAUAGCCAAACUUUGCAUUUAGACUUCAACGACUCUAACACAGAGCAGCUUUAUGAGAGCCUUAAGAUCUUCGAUCGGCUCUUUGCCGAAUUCGAGAUGCGCUAUGUCAGUGCAAUGGUGCAAGUCAAGACGAAGCACGAAUAUGAAAUGCUACAAUCCAUUUGUGUGUUAUUUUCGGAGACACUACAGCGAGCAUUGACUGUGGGUCUUAUCGAACAGGAGAAAGUGGAUGCUUUUGAUCCGGGACUGAUGUUUUCCAUUCCACGAUUGGCCAUAGUGACGGGUCUUGUGAUAUACAAUCGGGGACCGUUGAAUAUGGACAUGCCAGCGGAUCAGUUGUCCGAGAUGUUUCGACCGUAUCGUUCGUUUUUGAUAAAAAUUCGAGAUCUCUUGAGGAAAUUGAAUAAGAACGAGUUGCAUCAGUUGGAGAAGCUACUGUGCACGAAUGAAGAUAUUCACCUGAAGCAACCGAACGUAGUCAACGGUUCUGAGGGCGAUAGUGAGACUGCAAAUUUAAUAAACAACAAUAAUGACUGUGAUGAUGCCGCAACAAGUUCCUCUUCGUCAUCUUCGGCGAAGGUGAAUGCAAAUGCGAAUGCUAAGAAUGAUAAAGAUGAACAAGAAGAGGAAUCAAACCAAAAGGAAGAUAAUGCGGAAACAACAACUCCAUUGGGCGAAAAUACCGCAAAGGUAUUCCGUGAUAGUGUGUUUGCGAUGUCCUCGUCGUCGGAAGCAUCUACCCCAUCAGUCUCACCGUCCCCGUCACCUCUGCCAUCGUUUUCAUCGACGACAUCCUCCACCGAGUGGACAGAUGAUGAGAACGUUGCCCUGCCCAAGGAGGGUGAUGACAUAGUAUCCGCCGAUUGUGCCACCGGUUACCUCAUACCAAACACCAAUCUGGGCAACCUGCUGCAGCCAAAUGAAGUCCCACUCACAGACAACUUCAUUGCCAGUGAAGAUGAUGAGUUCGGUAGCUGUAAUGGAGGUGAAGAUGCUGAUCUGCCGGAAGCAGAUCAGGAGUUCAAUAUAAACACGCCUAGCUGCAGUCGAGUAUCAGCAGCACCACCAAUUGUUGGCGGCGGCGUCGUCGACUCCUCAGAAGAAAGUGAACAGUUGACAAUAAAAGGCUGCGAAGGUAAGUCCCUGGACAGCAGAGGUAGUCAGUAUACAAAGUUGGAGAAGAGCUCUGCAAGCAGCAGCAACAAUGGUGAGAGCAGUGGGAAGCGUUCCCAUCGCCACCACCAUCAUCAUCACCACCAUCACAGUCACCGGCAUCACCAUCAUCACCACCAUCGGCAUCAUAACAACAGCAAUAGCCACAUUAUUGGGACCAGCAGUAGUGCAAGCAGCAGUGCGAGUAGUCCAAGCAGCAAGAGCAACAGCAGCAGUAGCAGCAGUACCAGUGAAGGCAGUCGUAAUCAUUCCAAGAAACGUUCCAAAAACCAUACCACACAAAAGCCUGACACCUCAAGUGGGGACACAGCUUCUUCUUUGUCUGAUGGUGAUCAGCACGAAGUCAAUUUGGCCCUUCGAGCUGCGGGAAGAAUGAAGUUCAUAAGCACAGAGUACCUCUUGCACCGACUAUUCGUAAGCAUAGCGAGUGUUGCAGAUCAACUCCAAACGAACUUCGCUGCCGAUCUUCGACAAAUCUUGCGCAGCGUGUUCCUCAUGAACAUGAGCUCGUCGCAGGAUGAAAUCGAAAUUCCCGAAAAGAAUACGAAAGACCCAACAUCUGAGCUGUUCGAAUUCAGGGCUUCGGAGAACGAUGUUAUUCAACAGCAGAGUGCUGGCUCAAAUCAAAGCAUUUAUUCGGCCGAAGAAGUAAAUCCCGAAUUGGAUAAUGUGUUCAAUAACAACAAUAACAAUAAUAACAACAACAACGGAACAGAUCGUCCACCAAUCAUACAGCGUGGCCACACCAUUGAUCUGGUUCCCUCAGAAAAUCCACCGCCACUUCCAGUUCGAAAUAACAUCGGACGCAGUCGAAGUCUUGGCGAAGAAUCGGUCCAAAUCCAAGUGUCACCGUCACCGAACACGAGUGACCGACGAAAUGGUAGCUUAUCGACCUACUUGCGCGAGCGUCGACUCUCCUCGGGCAGUCACAGUGCAGCAAAUUCAUCCUCUUCCACAGCAAGCAACUCGCCGAUAAGCGAACGUUCCGCAGCUCAUUACACUGCCGUUGCCAAUAAUAAUCUAAACAACAACACAAACCACAGUAGUAAUAGUAUCAUACACAAUAACAAUAGCAUGGACGUGCCUGCGACGCAGGCGAUAUCGCCGCAAAUACGACUAUCGCCACCCGUCUGGGUUCCCGAUGACAAGGCGCCUCGUUGCAUGUCCUGUACGACCCCAUUCACAGCAUUCCGCCGCAGACACCACUGCCGCAACUGUGGAGGAGUCUUCUGUGGAGUUUGCUCGUCGGCGUCAACGCCCCUGCCCAAAUUCGGUCUGACCAAAGCUGUUCGCGUGUGUCGCGACUGCUUUGUCCAUCAGCUCACGGGCUAGGCUUAACACCAGCCUCAACUCAACACAACCAAAACACUUGGAAAGAACAGCCACACAACUGAUAGCAGCGCCUGUCCCCGGGAAGUUGCCGAAAGUUUUAGAAUUUUCUUAGUUUCUCUUUUUAAUUUGUAUAAAUUUAUUAUGAAUUUUAUUUAAAAAACAAAAUUUUUACAUACAUUUUUGUGUAAGAAAAUUUAAUCAAAAACAAAAAACAAAAACUCGCGGUAUCAUUAUUUUACCCAUUUAUGUAUAAACAA